CAGCUUUGAGGCUGUCACUGUCACUCAUUGCCUGUCAAGUGACCAUCGGUGUUUGUGUUAUUAUUUAAUCAGUAAUUAUUGUAUUAAAAUCUUAAAUUAACUGCCUCACAAUUAUUAAAAAUGUCUUUAAACUUCUUGCUAGGUACAGGCAAAGUAAAUUCUGUGCUAAAAGAAUUUGUUCGUAAUGCCAGUAAGAAGACUGGUGGUAGUACAUCCAAUACGAAUUGUAAGGUAAAGCCAAAGCGCAGAGGGUGGAAGGUACAAGAUGGGCAUUCCGUUCAAGCUGGUCAUAUUCUGGCCACUCAGAGGACAACAAGGUUUCAUCCAGGAUUGAACGUUGGCUUUGGUAGAAACGGCACACUAUUCGCAAUGGAAGCUGGCAAAGUAGUAGUGACUUGUGAGAAAUUCGACCCCAACUGGGAACAUACUUGGGUACAGAGAAUGUAUGCCGGUCGGGAACAACAAGUCAUCAUGAAGAAAUAUUACAAUGUAAUACCACAACCUCAGCAUCAGAGAUUUAAACUAGUUGAUGAAGUUUAAAAUGUUUUAUGUUAUUUAGUUGCUAGGAAAUAUAUUUUUAGUUCAA